CGUUUGCUUUGCAUUGAAAUUCGUUCAAUGAAUCAUUUCACUCCUUACGCUCAUUGUUUUGAGCUACGGAGGCCUGGGUGCACAAGGCAGUCGCGUUUUUAUCAGUAAAACGUGCUAAAGCCUUAAUACUGAUCAUGAUGCUCCACCUAACGAACUGAUAUAUAUCCUCAGCUGAAAAUGCUUUUUUUCUCCUCAAAAAACCAAAACCUUCAGCCAGCUGGUCUUGCAGCAGCUUGAGCUUCUUGUAAACAGAGUAUCUCUUCUCUAUUCAAUAGGACAUGCAGCGCUCUCAAAAGGCUUCCUCGUCUUCGGAUUCAUCACCUUCGCCCACUCUCCCCGGAAGUCAUGCUCCUCAGCUGACCGCAAUUCGUACAGAAUCAAAGGCGGAGCUAAAACCGUUGUUCACGCUGAAACCCCUGUCUUUUUCAGAUCGGGAGAAGAAGCCUUCUCCCCCUCCGCGCAAGCGCAGGAGGCAAAUAAUCCCGGAAACCCCCGCUCUGACCUUCAACCCUUCUCAGAGAAUGAUUCCGUCAGGGCGACAGGAGCCUACGCAGACACCAGUGUCUCAGCUUACACCUAUUUCAUCCACCAAUGAAUUCUUUGAUGAAGCUGAUGACCAACCACCCCCUGAUACCUCCGCACACGCUCACUCCACCGCUUCCAAACGCCCUCGCGCCUCGAGUGGGAGCGAUGACUCACCGCAGUUACCUAGUUAUCCUGCCACGUACUACAAUUUCAGGUAUGCGGAUCCAGCGGAUCAUUACGAUUCUCCAUUGUCUGGAAGUUCCUCCUCUCCGGCUACUUCCUACGGUUCAUCUCCCGCACAUCACCACUAUGGAGCGGACGGUGAACGUCAACCUUUUCAUCAGGAGAUGACGGGACAACAUUGCGCAGAUUACACGCAACCACCGCGUAGAGAAGUCUACGGAGACCCUAGCUACCUCUCGCCUCAAGAGGGUGUCCCCUGGUCCUACGGCCCCACCUAUCCCAAUGUGUAUCGCGAUUAGUCGCUUUAGACGUUCAUCUUGCUUGUCAAGAAUCUCCCUUGACUACAUCACUGGUUGAUGUUCAUUGGACAAGAGUAUACUAGACAUAGUGGUAUUGGUGGAAUGUUUUGCAGAACCGUGUAUCUUGAGCCAUUUACUUCGCGUCCGACUUUGCUUGUUUAUACCGAAUUUUCUCCGUAUUUUGUCACCGCCUUCUAAUUAGGGUUCUAUGAAUAUUGUCACUGG